AUGUCAAAGCUUGAGCAAGCCCUUCAAGAGCUUUUUCCGAGCAAUGACCCACUGGACGCUCCAGAUUUCGAUCCAGUUGCUUACAUAAAUUCUCAAUUUCCCAACGAACAGAGCUUGUCAGGCAUAGAAACAGUUCAAGCAAAACUCAAAGAAGAAUACUCAAAUGUAACAAGUGAAAUUUCCCAAUUAAUAAGGGAGCAAGCCAACCUGCGCGAUUCUGCAAUUUCUGAGCUAUCAAACUCUAAGCAGACAAUCAGUGAGCUUCAAGACAAAAUUUUAAUUAUGAAGAAAAAGGCUGAAACAUCAGAAGAAAUGGUCGAAGAAAUCUGCCAAGAUAUAAGAAGUCUUGACAUUGCCAAAAAAAAUCUAACUAAAGUGGUAUCAUCAUUAAAAAGACUCGGAAUGCUCACACACGGAAUUGACCAAUUAGAAGGCGUCAGUGAGAAAAAGCAGUAUAGAAUGGCUGCAGCUUUACUGAACGCCACAACUGAUUUGUUUUCACAAUUCGAAGACUGUAAGAAUUCUCCCUCAUUAGUAACUUUGAAAAAACGUCGGGAUCAUAUUGCUUCUGAGCUUCGUUUGCAAGUUCUUGAAGAUUUUAGAGAAAUGGAAAAUGUGGCUCCUGAAAUACUGGCUGAAGCAUGCAUAUGUGCUGAUGAGUUAGGAGAAGAAACAAGAGCUGAUGUCUGCGAUUUCCUGUGCUCACAUUUUUUAGAGCCUUACAUAAAAUUAUUUCAGCCAGGAGAAAUGCAUGCUGGAUUUGAAAAUGUAGAACGCCGCUAUGCAUGGCUUAAAAGGUGUUUAAGAGAUAUUAAGGAUAAUCAUUUACAAAAUUUCCCAUCCCAUUGGGGCGUUUUGUCAUUAAUUGCUAGAGAAUUUUGCGAGCUCACUAAAAAACACUUUAUAGCACUUUUAGAUAAAGGAGAAACUGACACCGGAGGACUUGUGGUGGCUUUACAGAAGACAAUGCAAUUUGAACAAGAAAUGCACAAGCGAUUCGCUGCACAUGUUCAGCAGCCAAAGGAAUCAGAGCCUGUGAUUCUUGAUAGAGCCUUAGGAGAUUAUGAUCCAUAUAGCUAUUCGCAAGCACCUCAUAAAGCAGCGCCAACCCCUAAGUUCAUAGGCGUCAUUUCGAUAUGUUUUAAUCCGUAUUUGAGCAAAUUUUGUGAAGAUGAAGAGAAUAAGUUGACAGAAAACGUGGAACAGUUUUUAAAUGAAGAUAACUUAACAGAAGGCACUGUUUUGCCAUCAAGUAUAAGGCUAUUCAGCUCGAUUAGGCAGACUUUUAAUAAGUGUCUUUCAUUUACCACUGGAAAAAUAUUGAGUGAGCUAUGCGAAGUUUUUAAAAGAAUUUUGCAAUACUAUGCUGAAAAACUUGUACAAAAACUGCCAAAAGUGGAUAAGCCAGUAAAAUUGGCAGAAGGAGAAGAGAUAAUGAUAGCUUUUAUUAUAAAUACAGCUGAAUACUGCAGAAAUACUAUAGUUGAAAUGGAAACAACUAUUAGAGCGAAGCUUGAAACCCAGUAUGAUGUAGAAUUUUACCCAGAAGUGAACACAUUUUUAGAGUAAUUUUUAUUCAGACUUGCUGGAAGAGGAGUCCAAAGCUUGAUUUUGGGGAUUGACACCAAGAUGGAACCUCAUUUUGUAACGAUGACCAAAAUGAAUUGGCUGCUAGAAGGAGUAGGAGAUAAGAGCGAAUACAUCGUAAAACUCAAUGAAGUGGUCUUAGGCUACAGUAAAAACAUUGCGACAGUGCUAAAUGAAGACUAUUAUGUCACUUUUCUUAAUAAACUUGCUGAGUAUUAUUUAUGUAGGAUGAUCAAUAUGAAAUUAGUCACAAGCAUUUAUAAGUGCAAAAGAAUUGGGGAAUUCGGGGCUCAGCAAAUUUUACUGGAUUGUUUUGAGCUCAAACAAAAGUUUUUGACUCUUCAAGCUAAAAAUUCAAGCUUCAGCGGGAUCGUCAAUAGGCUGUUCCAUAAAACUGAAGGGUUGCUGAAAAUUAUUAGUAGCCCGCCUGAAAGAGUCCAAGAAAAUUAUUCUUCUUUGAUUGAUAACCCAAAUCAGCAGGAUUUUGAAAAGCUUCUUACGAUUAUGGGUUUAAAAAAGAGCGAUCACCCUUGGGAAAGCCUUACAAAGCCUGCAAAAAAACUGUUUAACUUUUAG